CCCUUGGCCCACACAUCACUCUCGACCUUCUGGAAUGUUUCAAAAUUUGUGGCUCAAAUUGGGGGUACCGGAAAAAAGAUACUCUAUGGCUGGGGCACCUGGCGUGAGGGACAAGCUGAAUCUCAUUGUUGGCGGCGAUAUCUGCGAGGUUUACCGCGAUGGCUUCAACCGCGGAUCCUUUGGCUUCUGGUGCGGACUCAUUGGAUUAGCCGUAUUUGUGAUUUCUCUGGUCUACUUUCAUAUGAACCGGGAGCGAAUAGAUCCGAUCGAAUGAGCCCCCUGAAUUGGCGACAAAUAUUUAUGGAUUAUUGAGAUAAAUAAAGAGUCAGUUUGAGCCACUGUAAAAAGCGCAAAAAUC